GAGCCUCACCUGCUCUGAAUCCCUGCGGAGCUCUCAGACUCCUGAUUGUCUCUGAGGUGUUAGUUUAGAGGACAGGAUGCCUCGUUUGCGGCCUACUUUCAGUGACUUUUUCUACACCCCUCUGACGGAAGAUGUGGAGGAACUACUGGCUUAUUUCCAGCAGUCAAACUCCAUCAGGUACGAGGAUUUCGCCGCUGUUUGGAGGCAGAUGGGCUUCUCAGAUGUUUUCAUAGGCAUCGUCAGUAUGGCUGAACAGAAGAGGUUCAGCAGAGUAGCCUUAGCCACGGCCGUGAAGUACUUCCUGCCUCCAUUCAGCUAUCAGAUCCGUGUGGGAGGCCUGUAUCUGAUGUUUGGGUUGUACCACACUCAACUCUCUGUCCCCCCUGUGAGGAUCAGACUCGCCCUGAAGGACUGGGACGUAAUCCAGAAGUUCAUCAAGGACUCUGGGGACUCGGGGCAUCAAGAUGUGAUGUAUAUCUAUCACAAGCUUGUUGCAGCAAAAGCCAUUCACUUCACCGCCAUGCCGCAUCAUCUCUCCUUCCUAAAGCAGAGGAAACAAAAGAAGGAAACCACGUGUGCAGCGUUUAUUGGGAGGAGCAUGGCCGUGCAGGAGCUCCUCUCCGCAGACAUCCUGGAGGAGGUGAGCUACAUCGAGAGCCAGUAUGAGAACAUGAAGGUGGAGGUCAAAUGUGAGGCCAACAUGACCCAGCGAGACUUCACCACACGCCUGAAAGACUGCAUGGCAGGGCUCCUUACCUGGCAGCAGAAGACCUUCUCACAGGACAACAAAGACAACGGUGGUGGAGAUGAUGAUGAUGAUGAUGAUGACGAUGAUGAUGAUGAGGACGAGGAUGAGGUGGAAAGGGAAGCUAAGGCCAACAGCACCAGGGCCAGACUCAUCUCCUCCAUCAAGCAGAAGAGCUACAGCAACUUCCAGGAGGAGUCCAAGGACCGGAUGUACAGGCAGCCGAAGAAGGUGGAGUCCUCCAGCUCGGGAACAGAGCAGCGUAAUGAGUCUGGGCGGAGAAAGAGGCCUCCAUCUUUGAGGGCUCGGACCUGGAAGAGUCUCGGGGUGACGAGGGAUGAGAGCCGGCUGCAGGCUUGGCUCCUCAGCGCUCCUGAGCAGAAGGAGAGGGUGCCGGUGAAGAGGAUCAACCAGAAAGCACCGUUCGUACCGUGAUGGGAAGGGAGGAGGGUGUUCAGCUCUGUAAAGAUGUUCUGUUUGUUUUUGUUCCUCCAGGUUAAAUAAAGUCUAUUUCAUU